UCUGCAGCAUUGAGGUCUUCAAACCAGGAGUUUCUGUGCGCAACAGGUGGGAACAAUAAUUCUUUCUUUUGUUUCUGAGCGGUGCAUCCAACGUGUGAUCAACCCCCCGGUGCAUGUUGGAGUAAUUUUGUUGGAGCAGCCACAGUCUCCCGGUGGUGACGGUAUAACGCACAGCCACCCUCCCGUGCGCCCGGAGGAGAAGUGGCCACCAUGCUGUUCCCCUCGGAGAGCUCCGACAACAGCACGGGCAGAAACUGCAGCGAGUUCAGCUUUACGCAGCAGCUGGAGACCGCCGCCGCCGCCGGGAACCUCAGCGGGAAGAGGAACGACACCGACCCGUUCGGACGGAACGAGGAGGUGGCCAAGAUCGAGAUCACCGUCCUGAGCCUCGCGUUUCUCGCGGCGGUGGUCGGGAACGUGAGCGUGCUGCUCGCCAUGUACAAAACCCGGCGGAAACCGUCGCGCAUGCACCUGUUCAUGAAGCACCUGAGCCUGGCGGACCUGGUGGUCGCCUUCUUCCAGGUGCUGCCGCAGCUCUGCUGGGAGAUCACCUUCCGCUUCUACGGGCCGGACUUUCUGUGCCGCAUCGUGAAGCACCUGCAGGUGCUGGGCAUGUACGCCUCCACCUACAUGAUGGUGAUGAUGACCCUGGACCGGUACAUCGCCAUCUGCCACCCGCUGCAGACGCUCCAUCAGCCGACGCAGCGUGCGCACAUCAUGAUCGGCUCCACCUGGGCGUGCAGCCUGGUCCUCAGCACCCCGCAGUACUUCAUCUUCUCCCUGAGCGAGGUGCACCCCGGCUCGGCCGUCUACGACUGCUGGGGACACUUCGUGGAGCCGUGGGGGCUGCGCGCGUACAUCACCUGGAUCACCGCCGGGAUCUUCCUGGUGCCCGUGGCCGUGCUCGUGUUCUGCUACGGAUUAAUCAGCCACACGAUCUGGAAGAACCUCAAGUAUAAGACCAGGAGGAAGAGCGUGGGCGCCGUGGCCGAGGCCACCAAGAACGGGAUCCUGGGCAGGAACUCGGUCAGCAGCGUCAGCACCAUCUCCCGCGCCAAAUUACGCACGGUGAAGAUGACUUUCGUGAUCGUGGUGGCGUACGUGGUGUGCUGGGCGCCUUUCUUCACCGUGCAGAUGUGGUCGGUGUGGGACGAGACCUUCUCCUGGGACGACUCCGAGAACGCCACCGUGACGCUCUCCGCCCUGCUGGCGAGCCUCAACAGCUGCUGCAACCCCUGGAUCUACAUGAUCUUCAGCGGCCACCUCCUCUCCGACUUCGCCGGCAGCCUGCCGUGCUGCCGCCCGCUAAGGAGGAAGUUCGUCCACCAGGAUUCGGACAGCAGCAUCCGCCGGACCACGCUGCUCUCCCGCCUGCAGGGUCCACGUCUUUCGGAACCGUUUAGGGACAUCAACCCUGUCCCGAAAAGCUUUCCGCAGUACCCACCUGCAUCCUGACCAUUGGAAAGCACCAAACUGGUCUUAAUCUGCCGGUAGCAGUGAAAGAGGAAAGGUAUGAUCUCAUCCGAGGGUGCGGUCACACCUCGUAGAUUGUUUUCUUUGGUCCGAGUCAGAGUGGAAAAGUUUACUCCACAGCAACUUUUACUGUUGGUUUGUUUAGGUUCACACAGUGCAGAGUUGGAGGUUUUUUGAGGGGUAGUUGACAGUCAAAACAAAUCAACUCCUGCCGGAUCGGUGCCAAAGUUUUUAAAACUUUGCUAUCCAAAAUGUGUCAUUGUCUCAGGCUGUUUUAUUUAUUUAUUUUUACAUCGUUUCUAAGUGGAACAUUUUACAUUUGUCGUACCAGUUUUCAGCAAAUACAUGAACACACAACAGUGAUAAUAGCACAAGAACAUAUAAAUAAAAAUGGUGGUAACAAAUAAGAGAUCAUUUAGGUAAGAUUGAUAUUCUCAGUCAUAAUUAUGAUAGAAAACCCAGAAACUAGAGUGAGAGAAGUUACUUUUUGUCUUUAAAACACUAAAAUGACGUAACAGGACUGAGUGGGGACACAACUAAAAUGUAUAUUUUAACGAACAUAUAUGAAUUUAUGAAAGUAUUUUAUAUCUAAAUUAGACAUAAAAGUCACAAUACUACAAAAAAAUAAGGUUACAGUCAUUAUAUUUCAAGUUGAAGGCUUUUUAGUUAAAGGUUUUACAUGAUUCAUCUUUAAAUUGCAGUUAGAACAAAGUGCAAGAAACUUCUCCUUAAUAUAAUGUAUUAUUAGAGCGUUUUCAUGCAUAUUUAUGUAACGUAACAUAUUGAAAAGGCACCGAUUCGGUGAAGUGGUCUACUGUAAUUUAACCGCUAGCGUCGUGAGCGUCUGUCCACACUGAGGAGCAAACUACUGGCUUUCAUACGUUAGCAUACACGUCUUUUACACCCAUAUAGACCGUUGUGGGGUUUAUUUCCUGUUGCACAUUAUGACUGUGGAUGUUUAUUAUGAUGUUUGUGCACCUGGAAAUGUUAAGUGUUAUGUUAGAAAUGUGAAUGUAUGGGGGAGAAAGUGGCCAGACGCCAACUUGUAUAUAUUGGACAAUUAGCAUAAUUAGCAUUAAUAAGCAUAAUCACCUGUACACAAAAUGUUUUAGCAACUGCUUAUAGCCUGAUUUGGAGGUUUAUUCAGGCAUUUCAAGUAGAAAAUGGCCAUUUGGACUGAUUUUUAUUAAUUUUGAGUGGAUUUGUGGAAGUUAUUUACAUGUUUAAUACAUAAACUCAGCGGCAAAAGACACAAAUCAAUGACAAAAUGAAUUAUUACGUCUAAACAUUGAGCUUUCCUGAUUCCAAAAAAGUUCCAACUAAUUAAAGAUAUAAAUAAAGUCAGAAUUUGACCUUUUAACCCAAUUUCUGGGGACCCAUACUGUACAUUUCUAAUAUAAAACUUUUCCGGGUUGACGUUGCCGGUGCUACAAAGCUAACGGAAACUUCAAAUACUCUCCCUCGCUUCUUGUCCGUUGUGUAUUUUAAUGCGUGAUGUGCGACAGUCUUGAUGUUGUAAAGGCGUGCAAUGAUGCCAGAAGUUUUCAGACAGAUUCUUGUUCAAUAUUUAAUGUUACAUGUCAGACUAUGUAAAUAUAUCUCUUUAAAUUUGCAGCAUUAAAAUACGCACAUGCACGUAAAUGUAUCACAGCGAAGUCACUACGUUUAAGAAAAAAGGUACUAAAGACUAUUUUUGUGCCAGUUAUUUUCUUUUUGAAGCAAAGUUUGCAAGUUUACAUCCAAAACCACAAAGAAUUUCAGUUUACUGUCGUAUAAGAUAAAGAAAAUGAGUGAAUAUUUACUUUUAGGAGCUGGAAGAAGGGAAUUUUGGGUAAUUUCCAUUAAAAAAAACAACUUAAUUUAGCACAAUCUCUUCUGUAUCUGCAGCACCGUGUUAUUUUUCCAUCUGUAACUUGAAUGUUUUGAGCUGUAAUUAUUUUUAGUCACAUUUAAUUAAUUAAAGCUAAUGUGAGCUCAUUCAAGUGUAUAUAGCUAUAUUAUUAUCACUCACUUUGGCUGUUAAAUGGAAGACUGAUAAAGAUAAAUGUUCGAUAUUAAUGGUAAUUAAAACUGCACUUUUAAUAUAAUCCUGUGAAUACACAUUAAGAGACUCAUUCACACGUAUGUGUUGUUGUAAAAGUUGUUUUAUAAAUGUAAUGUAUUCUGUUAUCUAUAUUUGCUGUAAAGAAAGAUAAAUGUAUUGUAUCCUCACAA